AUGUCCGAUCAAGAUUGUUCAAUUAUAUUUAAUAGUUAUAUUCAAAAAAUAAUAUUUGAUCUCUUAUUUAAUGACAAGAUAUGUAGUUAUAAAUGGAGGUUGACAUUGAAUUUAGUGUCAAAGCGUUGGUUUGACUUUAUGAGUAAUGCCAUUUCCAAUUCCAAGCGAAAGUAUAGUGCUAUAUUAUUAUUAUCAGCUCAAUCUCUAUCAUCAUCAUCAUCAUUUAUACAACAAAAUGAAUAUAAUCAACAACAACAACCAGAGCAACAUACAAAUGCAAUGAAUUCAUCUAAACAGACAAUAUGUGAUUCUAUUCAUCUAUUAGAUAAUCAAUAUUGUAUAUUGAGUCAUUGUAGAUCACUAGUUUGUAAAAUACAAAGUUUCACACCCACCACCGAAACGCUAUCGGUGUUCUCAAGAAUAUGUCAACGAUUUGAAAUCAUUCUAGACAUUCAAAUACCGUUGCACUACGACUAUAUCAUGGCACUAUUAAUAGUAAUAAAUAGACAAAAUAAAGCGAUUGGUAUCAUCGAUUACCUAAAGAACUUUAGUAAGCUCUCCGAUUUCCACGUACCAAUAAAAUACUAUUACCCACUGAACCUGUUCGAUUUGGUAGACCAGACACCGUCAGACCGUAUCAAUAGGGAGAAGCUACUUUGCAAUCGGUACUUGCAAAAGCUAGAUUGCUAUAGCGAUAGAACCAUCGAUCAAGACAUACCGCAAGACUCAUGCGAAUCACUCCGAAAGUUCCGCUAUGAAGUAGUAUUGCCACAGCAGCACACGAUCACCAAGGAACUGCAGUUUCUAUCGCACUGUAAGCAAUUGGUAAAAUUUGAAUUCUUUCUAACAGUUCCACAGAUACUACCUCCACUAUUAGAGUUUCUAAGAUCGUGUCAAACACUCCGUACUGUAAUAUUGCUAUUCGACUUUGAUGAUGCAGUAUUAAGUGCUCUUCUCUUGAAUUGUAACAUUAGGAAAAUAAUCAUUGGUAAACUCAACUAUAAAGUCGACGAUAGUUUAGAUAAUGAUAAUUAUUAUAUCGAUAAGAUCGAUAAAUAUUCAAAAGAAUAUCAAUCAUAUGUACAACCACAUAAUUCAACACUUAGGAAAUUAACAUUUAAAAUCUAUGAUCGAUAUUAUAGUAAUCAAAAUCAAAGCUACAAGAUUCACUUCAAUCCAACAAGCUAUAUAUCAAAUCUAUAUAAACUAUCAACAAAUUUAAUAACCUCUAAUAAUAAUAAUAAUAAUAAUAAUAAUAACAAUCAAAAUAAUAGCGAUUAUCAUAAUAGUUGGUUAAAAUCAUUGGGAUGUAAAGAAAAUAGAUUGGUUGAUUUAACAUUGACGAACCAUAAUAAUAAGAAAAAUAAUAUAACUAGUUGUAUUCUAUUCGAACCACUCUUUACUAUGAACGAUACUCUACGAAAGUUAAAGUUAUCACUUUCUUUCUGUGAGUCUAUUGAUGACACAUUUAAAUUUGUCAGAUUACUAGAACAAUGUCAUUCGAUUAUCAUAGUAGAUAUAGUUGCACAAAGAAAAAUUAAACUCAUCGACGGUCGUCCACCAACUAUAGUUCUGUUCAUGAACCAAUCACAAACAUUUAAACUUUCUAAAACGGUUUAUAAUAAUAUUCAACGUUAUUAUUAUGAUAGAACAAUUAGUUUUUUAAUUUAA